AUGACCAGCACAACUAUUUUGUUGAAAGAUAUUAAAACCAUAGGGGAACUCUACAAAAAUGGUACACUUCAUGCUGUAGAACAGCCCAAGUACAAGUUUCGGGACCUAUACUUGAAUCAGAUAUCCCUCCUUCAAGGCGAUAUCACUAAGCUGGAGAUUGAUGCAAUUGUGAACGCUGCGAAGAAAUCUCUGCUGGGGGGCGGAGGAGUGGAUGGGGCAAUCCAUCGCGCCGCUGGGCCAGAGCUUCUUGAAGAGUGUCGCACCUUGAACGGCUGCGAGACUGGCGAUGCUAAAAUCACCAAAGGUUACAACCUACCGUCCCGGCAUGUCAUCCACACCGUUGGACCUGUCUAUUCCUCUAGCGAUGUUUCUCGUAAAGCGGAUGAGCUCGCAUCGUGCUACAGAAAGAGCAUGCAGCUAGCGGCUGACAAUAACCUAAAACAUAUUGCCUUUCCUUCGAUCUCGACAGGCGUAUAUGGUUAUCCGAUCGUGGAUGCUACUCAUAUUGCGUUGGGAGAGGUCCGAAAAUUCCUGGACUGCAACAGUGAAAUUAAGUAUGAUCGUGUCAUCUUUAUUGUUUUCAGUGACAAGGACAAAUCUGUGUAUGAGGAUCUUAUUCCUCAAUACUUCCCCUCGCUGGAAGCACCCAGUGCUGCUCUGUAG